UGAGACCGUUUAGUGAGACCAUCACAUGCGUAAUACAUAAACUGGUUUCGUCUGGUAUGGUGUGUGUGACUGAGGACCGACUGUAGGACUUUUUUUGCAGAUUUAAACGACAUUUCGGUGGCAGUGCGGCAUUGACACAAGAAAGAUCCUUGACAGUUUAGACCGAUAACAACUGGACAACCCAACACAAUGCCAGCCAACAAACUCCCAAAGGCUCCAUUCGUAUCAUUCACUUGGGACGAGUACCUAAAAGGCAAAGAUGCAAAUCCGGCGCCCCAGGCAUGCUUCAAACAGGCACCUGUCCCCCCACCCAACGACUUCACCCUCCACUCCAAGCUGGAGGCCCUGGAUCCACGGAACAUCACCUCCACCUGUAUCGCUACCAUCGUGGGCCUGCAGGGACCCCGGCUCAGGCUAAGACUGGACGGCAGCGACAACAAGAACGACUUCUGGCGUCUGGUGGACUCGGGGGACAUCAAACCCAUCGGGUGGUGCGAGGAGAAUGGCGGGAUGCUGCAGCCUCCACUUGGAUUCCGUAUGAAUGCAUCAUCAUGGCCAAUGUUCCUUCUGCGGACUCUGAACAAUGCCAAGAUUGCACCGGAAUUGGCAUUUAAAAAGGAGCCUCCCACUCCGCCCGAGAACCUCUUCAAAGUCGGCAUGAAACUGGAAGCAAUCGAUCGCAAGAACCCCCACCUCAUCUGCCCUGCCACCAUCGGGGGAAUCAGAGACAACAUGAUCUUCAUCUCCUUCGAUGGCUGGAGGGGUGUCUUUGACUACUGGUGCGAGUUUGAUUCGAGGGACAUCUUCCCUGUGGGCUGGGCUGCGAGUACUGGUCACUACUUACAGCUACCAGGAAACAAAGGCACGUCAUCAACUAGGGGUCGCAAAUCCAGCGCAGCAUCCACCGUCUCUCAGCCCCCUGGUGCUACCCCUUCGGCCUCGGCCUCAUCUCCUCCGGUAUCCCCGAUGACUGUGGAAUCAGGAGACCAGUCACCUGCUUACGACAACGAGCCUGAUACGAGCAGUCCGCUAUCAGUCAGCUCAGUCUCCGUCUCCUUAUACAUCAACAACACCUGCGUCUCCGGCCCCUAUCUCAGCCCCCACAAGGUACUGCAGAUGCCUAGCCUCAUCGGCCCAGCUCCCAUGGACAGGGUCCUUACAGAGACGCUACAGAUGUGCGUCAACUCGGCCGUCCAACAGAAAGCCGUCUUUGCAUUCCUGAAAGCCGAGGAAGGCGGGACAGUCAACGUCACAGCUCAUUACAGCAGUCACACCCACUCCGUCAGCCUACUAGCUCCCGAGACUACCAGAGCAUUCUGGUCCCUGAUUGACCAACUGUGUGAGGACCUUCUGUGUUGUGGAAACUUCUUCACCAGCAAGCCGCUACACGGACCGUGUAGUAAUUGUGCCAAACAGGACGAUGGAAGUCACCAUGGCAGACACAGAAGUUACAGCGGUAACACCACCAAACCCUCCGCGGCGACCAAGAGAAGCCUAUCCACAGACUCGGCAGUGUCGGACAGAGGAGACCUGAAAGUGCCAAGGAGAAUCCGAACAGAAGCCGCAAGUUCCACAACAACUGUUUCCGAGAGUAGGGAGGCACGGAGCGAGAGUAGACCCUCACUAGGCCCCCCGUCUCGAGACCCUACCAACUGGUCAGUAGAGGAGGUCAUUAGAUACGUGACAGAUGCUGACCAUGGCAUGGCGUCGCAUGCUGAUACUUUCAAGAAACAUGAGAUAGACGGCAAGGCGUUCCUACUUCUCAACAGCGAGAUGAUGAUGAAGUACAUGUCACUCAAGCUGGGACCGGCUCUCAAACUCUGCAAUCUGAUCGAGAAACUCAAAAACAAGAAAUACUGAUGGCGUCCACUCCGCGCCUGACGGGAAACCACAGAUGAAAGCAAUACUGGUGAGCAAAUUCCUUUAUUUGAUAUUCCUUAGGAGAGGUGUAAGUGCUUUGAUGAGGUGAUUUCAGUCUUGUGUACCCGCCGCACAACGCUGUUGAAGUUUGGAUUUACUGGAGUAAUGAUUGCACAACAGCCGAACACGGAUUGACUUGGUUUGGCUAGAGGUGGAUAUGUUGGACCGGAGGUGUUGCUGACUGGAGAUAUUUCAAGAAUGUUUUGUCUGCGUGCACAGCGCUGAACUGCUGCGAUUAACCGAGCUGGUCUGUUUCCUUUUUGGAGAAAAGUGCGUCUUCUGACUUGGAUUUGUACAGGAUCUGCCUAUUCA